AUGGUCUCCAGUGCCAUUCUGCUGCACUGGUUCAACCCCGUUGGACCGGAGACCGUAUCCACUGAUACAAGUGGAUUUUGGCUCCGAACGGCCGAAUCUAUCGCCUUUCAGAUCGGCCUUCAUAAAGAGCCAUCGCCUCAGGAACGGCAAAAAGGGCUUCGUCGACGGCUGUGGUGGACGUUGGUGCUGCGAGAUUGCAUUAUUGCGGCUGGUGUUGGUCGGCCACGUACUAUCAAUCUGUCUGAUAGCGACGUUCUCCCGCCGGCCUUGGGCGACUUUGAGGCUCCCGAUAUCAAUGCACGGCUCUUCAUUAUCUAUGUACAAAUUUGUCAAUUCCUUGGAGACAUCGUUGAGCACUGUCUCCGGCGUCAACUCUUGCCGAAUCAUCAACGAGUACUAGAGAACGCGCUCUAUCGCUGGGUCAAACAAGACCUCCCGUCCCUUGGGAUGCACCAACCUUCUUCACUCGAAAUACGACAAGUGAUGGUCACGUACUUCGCCACCCUUGUGAUCAUUGACCGUACUCCAACCGCGGACGGUUUUCCCUCGGCUCGAGCUCUGAUCGCCGCGUCAUUCAUCGUCGGAAUAUUCAGGGUCUUUUUAGAGCAAGAAGAGCUUUGUCGCCUAGGACCGGCGUUUACUUUCUACGCGCUAUGCGCUGGUCUCGCCCUGAUACCUGCGUAUCGAUUCCUUCCUCUGCGUCAUGUUGCUAGCGAAGAAAUGCUUGUGCUGAAAGCCUCCCUGCAGGUACUGUCUCAGCAAUGGGGUUCGGCCUUUGGGUCCCUUCGGGCACUACAGAAGCUCACAGAGGAUGCGUCGAAGCAGCCAAUAUUCGAUACAGGCAUUCCUCAUUUGGCCGAUGAUGUUAUUCCAUUCUUCGAGGAUUUUGACUCUAGCAUGUGCAAACUAUGGGAUAUGUUGCGCCGUGACAACGUAUCCGGAGUUACGCCUGUCAACGCACAAUUGACCAUUCCGUCUGUGGCAGCACAGCAAAGAUAUUCCUCCUCCGGACUGUCAGUCCUUAAUCAAGAGAGUCUUAGGAUCCCAGGCGAUGACUUGGAUAUGCUGAGUGGUAACUGGGAGGGGUUGGGUUUUGAUUGGGGUGGCUCCUGGCUUUUGGAAAGUAUGUGA